UUAGUAGAAUUCAGUAUGAAUAAACAGGUUCAUUGUUUCUCAGCAGCAUCAGUAACAUGUGUUAAACUUCUAGGUGUUGAUCUGUGUCAAACUCUGGACCAUGGCUGCGAACAUCUGUGUGUCAGCACCACUGACUCCUACAUCUGUAAAUGUAAUGAGGGAUUCCUGUUGGCUGAAGAUAGGAAAAGCUGUGAAAAACCAGGGUGUCACGACGGAGUCAUGGAUUUGGUGUUCGUGAUCGAUGGCUCCAAGAGUUUGGGCCCCGCCAACUUUGAGCUGGUCAAGCAGUUCGUGAACAGCAUCGUGGACUCGCUGGACGUCUCCAGGACGGUCACGCGCGUCGGACUCAUUCAGUUCUCCACCAAGGUGCGCACAGAGUUUUCUUUGGGCCAGCACGCCGCGGCACAGGACGUCAAGCGGGCCGUGAGCCAGAUGCAGUACAUGGGGAGGGGCUCCAUGACCGGCUCGGCGCUGCGCCACAUGUUCCAAUUCAGCUUUUCGGAGAAAGAAGGCGCCAGGUUGAACGUCCCGCGUGUCUGCAUCGUGUUCACCGAUGGAAGGUCGCAGGAUGAUGUUUCCGAGUGGGCCAGCAAAGCAAAGACCUCUGGGGUGACGAUAUACGCGCUGGGCGUUGGGAAGGCCAUUGAACAGGAGCUGAGGGAAAUUGCUUCGGAACCUGCUGGGAUGCACCUCUAUUACGCAGAGGACUUUGAGAAAAUGGGAGAAAUUACAAAGAAACUGAAGUCAAGGAUGUGUAAAGACAAACCGGCAGAUGAAAGCUUGUGUCGGUGUGAGAGCGUGAUCGUGUUUCAGAACCAAGUGACAGAGAAGCUGAAGAACCUGGCUCAGAGUAUUGAAGCGAUGUCAAAGAAGCUGGAGUCUCUGGAGAAUCAAGUGGUGAACAAAUGAAAUUCUGGUGCUGCCUGGUUCUGACGGGAUCGUCCUCAACUGUUGAUGCUGUUUAUCGUCUUGCAGUACAAUGUGACGUUUAUCCGUUAGGUGGUCCUGUUUUACAUCCUAUAUCUCAGCAUGUCUGUAUUUGUGGGUCAUACAUUAGCUCAAAUAGAAACCUUAUCUUCUAAUGAAGCAAACAGCAUUGUGUUUUAAAAUGCAAUGCUGUAAUAGGUGGAGAUUUAUAUAUUUAAAUGAAAUCAAGUUUCAUUUUCAAAUCUUUUCAAAAUUUCAUUUUGGUCCUUCUAAUGGCCGCCCCUUUGCUGCAAAGAUUACGUAAAAUCUAAAUUUUAUCAGAUGCGCACAGGAAGCUGUAUUAGCUAUAAAAACUUAACAUGUGAGAUAUUUAAACUCAAACACAUGAAAAAUACAUAAUCUAUUCAUUGAUUCUACUUUACUAAUAAGUCUAAAUCUGCACAAGAUAUAGAAAAAACAAACUUCAGCUCAUCAGCCACCAGUGUAUUUUACAGUGUUGUUCUAUGCGUGGCCCCGGGGGCCAAAUGUGGCUUUGCAUAUUUUAGAUCUUCAAUAAUAUACACAUUUCAUUAAAAAAGUUGUUUAUUGUUGAGCAGGUGAAACAAAAAAAAUAAUUAAUAAACUAAUUUGUGCAUUUUUAUUGUUUUGUUUUUGUCCUGGGAAUAAAAGUUUGAACACCAACCCCACUGACUGGACAUGUAAUGAACAGUAGAACACUAGAUCAGAACAUACGAUUACAUUUGUUCCUCCCUCGUGCUGCCCCCCAUGCCCAUGCCGCCCUGGGCAGACAGCCAAGAUGGCAUGGUUUUUCAACUGAAGUGCUCUCCCACUUUAAACAUUUAUUUGUGAAGAAAGUUGACUGACUAUAUUAUUGUAGAUUGUACAGCAUACUGAUGAAUAAACAUUUCAAUAUCUGAA